AUGUUGAUCUUCAGCGCCGACAAGAACGAGAUGAGGAUGUUGUUGGCAGCGAUUAAGCCUCUCCUUCCUGAGAAACUCUCUCGAUGGAAUGAUUUGGGUGUUAUGGCGGUGGUUGAAAAAAUAGUCAUGACUGCAGAUGAUCGAUAUCAUGAGGAACGAGAAAUGCUUAUGUUUAUCACUUAUUGGGAGCGAGAUUAUGAGGCAAGUGAGAAGGAUAACUUUCGGCUGGUGGGAGUGGACGAACAAGUUAUGACGACAAUGCGUGAUCUAUUAUUUGAGAAUGAUUAUGAAAAGGCAUUUCUGGAGGAUUGGAGCAACAAGGGAUUUAUUUUAGUGAAAGAACAGUUGCCAUUGAAGAUGAAUUUGGAAAGAUGUUCCUUGAAUAUGGUACUAUUUAUUGUUUCUGAAGUAGUUCUCAUUUUUGGUUUUAUCUUAAUCCUUGGAUUCAAAAAUUGA